AUGCUGCAGCGGUGCAUCCUGAGGCCGUACCAUGUGCUUGCUAUGGUGCUGUGUGUGUCAGCCGGGGAGGACUUUGACUGGACCAAGAAUGAGAGGACAUCUUUCUACUACGGCACCUUCCCAACUGGUUUCUCCUGGGGAGCUGGGACCUCUGCCUACCAGACCGAAGGAGCUUGGAACAUAGACGGCAAAGGAAUGAGCAUCUGGGAUGCAUUUGCCCACAAAAAGGGGAAAAUUGUCGCAAAUGACACGGGAGACACCUCGUGUGAGGGCUACUACAGAUUCAAGGAUGACAUCAACUUGAUGAAGGACAUGAAGCUGAAUCAUUAUCGUUUCUCCAUCUCCUGGCCGAGGAUUUUACCAAGCGGACUGAAAAGUGAAUACAUCAACGAGAAAGGAAUCAAAUAUUACGAUGACCUGAUUAACAUGCUGCUGGACAAUAACAUCACACCCAUUGUUACUUUGUACCACUGGGAUUUACCGCAGUUCUUACAGGAGAAGUACGGCGGCUGGCAGAACGUCUCCAUGGUGAACCACUUCAACGACUUUGCCAACUUAUGCUUUGAAAGAUUUGGAAAGAAAGUGAAGUACUGGAUCACUUUCAACAAUCCGUGGUCUAUUGCUGUGGAGGGAUAUGAAACAGGGGAACAUGCACCCGGACUGAAGUUAAAGGGAACCGGAGCUUACAAAGCUGCCCACCACAUCAUCAAGGCACAUGCUAAAGUUUGGCACACGUAUGACAUGCAGUGGCGAAGCAAACAAAAAGGCCUGGUUGGGAUCUCGCUAACAGCAGACUGGGGGGAACCAGUGGACAUCACCAACCAGAGGGACAUUGAAGCAGCAGAGAGAUACAUCCAGUUCUACAUGGGAUGGUUUGCUACUCCCAUCUUCAACGGAGACUACCCCCAGGUUAUGAAAGAUUACAUCGGCAGGAAGAGUGGCCAGCAGGGCCUGGGAGCUUCACGGCUGCCCGUCUUCUCGCCUCAGGAGAAGAGUUACAUCAAGGGAACCUGUGAUUUCCUGGGCCUCGGCCAUUUCACGACUCGCUACGUCACCCUGAAGAAUUACCCAUCAGGCCUCGGAGACAGCUACUUUGCAGAUCGAGACCUUGCUGAGCUGGUUGACCCAAAAUGGCCUGAUCCAGGCUCUGAAUGGCUCUAUUCUGUUCCCUGGGGCUUCAGACGCCUGUUGAACUUUGUCAAGACUCAGUAUGGAAACCCCAUGAUAUACGUGACAGAAAACGGCGUGUCUGAGAAAAUGCUCUGCACCGACCUCUGUGAUGACUGGAGAAUGCAGUACUUCAAAGACUACAUCGACGAAAUGCUCAAAGCGAUUAAAGAUGGCGUGAAUGUGAAGGGUUACACAGCCUGGUCUCUCCUCGACAACUUUGAGUGGGAUGAAGGGUACUCCGAGAGGUUCGGACUCUACUACGUCGACUUCAGGAACAAAAACAAACCACGCUACCCCAAGGCCUCUGUCCAGUUCUAUAAACGCAUCAUCAGCUCCAAUGGCUUUCCCAAUCAGAGAGAGGUGGAGAGUUGGAAGAGGAAAGCCGUAGAGACUUGCUCCUCCAGUAACCAGCUCCUGGCUGCAGCUAGAAGAAAAUCCCAGGGAAAUCAGGAACAUGCAGGAAUGCAAAAGGCUUGGCCAGUGCAUGAUGAAGUUUAGAUCCACUGAUAGGCCACAUGGAGAUGGUAACAGAGAUUGUGGUUCCCACCGUGUGCACGCUCUGCAUCCUCCUCAGUGCAGUCUUCCU